ACAAAAUUUCUCAGUUUAAUCUCGCUCUGUCUUUCAGAAAAUGUGAUGCAAAAUUUGCAGGAACCACAAACUCCUGUUACUACUAUAAGCCUCUGUAGUGCAGAAUAAGCGGGUCAUCACUGGAAGUAUUCACUUUGUUUCUCUUGGUCAUCAUGUUGUACAUUGUUCCAAUCAUAAUAUUGGAGCUGUAUGGUGGUGACAGAAUAUUGACUGAUUAACAGCCUUCCUAGUUUUUUAUUUUUUAUGUAGAAAAUUUAGGGCAGUCGUGUUCUUUACUAUUUACCAUCUUCUACCAUACAAGUAGACUAGUUAGCCCGCAAGGCUGCUAAAUAUUAGUCUUCUGACACCUUCUGCUGUUCACUCAGUCAUACGGUUUGUAUACCUGUUGAAAGGUAAAAAUCUGUGCACUGUAGCAGAAACAAUCUGUUUGAGUGGCUUGGUUUCAGCUAGUCUGUGGGUUUUUACAACUUCAAGCGUUAGAGAUGGGUUGAAAAUACAUUAAAACAGAGAGCCCCAGCUGGGUUUCCUCAAGGUAACAGCAACAGGUAAAACUGAGAGAACACUGGUAGAUUGAGAGCAGUUAAUUAAGGGUAAUAUCUGUCCCAAUCGUUGAAAAUACUGUUUUUAAAAACCAAGCGAAACUGCGGGCAAAGUGAGUAAAUAUGAUCUUAAUGCUAAGUUAUUCAGUAGUAUUUUAGGCCCGUCCAAUAUGCAGCUUAAAGUGGCGUCGUAAUGUUCAUGUUCAUGUUUAUUCAACAAAAACAUUUCUUUUUCAGAAUAAACCAUCAGUUUGCAUUCAUCAUCCAACUUACCAGCAACAUGUUCCUGUUGAACGUCUGCGUCCUGGCUGGUCUCAUGCUGUCCCUCCCUCAGUGUACAUAUCAGUCUUGCGAGGAGGGGAAACCCAAAGAGUGCUUGGAUGCAGAAUUUGCUCCAGGCACCGAUUUGGCCGGGGAAGGCUUCGACAUCACCAAACUGGAACGUAAGGGGGCCUUUGUGAUCAACACAAAUCUGUGGAAACGCAAGGACAAGGGGUGCACCCUGUGUAGCAACCCCUAUCUGGAGAACAAAAAGCAAAAGCUCCCGCUGUCAGUGGUGGACUGGAGGGCAAAGCACUCCUGCAGCGCAAAUGUGGCCAGUACAGUCUACCGAUCCAGUGAGGCUCUGGUCACCUCCAGCACCUCUUCUGUGGAUAACAGCUGGCAGGCCAAUCUUGAUGUUCAAGCAGGAAAAAGAGGAGGCUCGCUGAUGUUAGCUGGUUCUCAGUCUAAACUGGCUGAUUACUCUAUGGAAAAAACUAAGAAUGACAAGUUCAGCUUCACAAGCCAAAGCAUGUCCUGUGAGUACUACAGCUACCGUUUGUCCGGCACCCCCAGGUUGCACAAAGAAUUUCACACAGCAGUGAAACAACUCCCCAAAACCUACAGCCCUAAAACCAAGCAACAAUUUUACAAACUGAUUGAUAACUUCGGCACCCAUUACAUCACAAAGGUGAAGUUGGGAGGAAGUGUUCAGUCUGUGACCAGCAUCAAGCAGUGCGAGGCCAGUCUGAGUGGCCUCAGUGUGGAAGAGGUGGGGAUGUGCCUGAAAACUGAGGCGUCCGCCAGCGUCCACAUUAAAGUUAGCAUUCAAACAGAACACUGCAAGAAGGACAUUGAGAAGACGGACAGUAAGGCCUCCUUCUCCAGCCGUUUCAACGACAGGUUCACAGAAAUAAAGGGGGGGCAUACGACAGAGCCAGACCUUCUCUUCUCUGCUAAGAAAGAUCCAUCAGCCUACAAGGAGUGGCUGAACACAAUUUCAAAGCAUCCAGAUAUCAUCUCGUACUCCCUGGACUCGCUGCAUGAGUUACUGCCUACUAAAGAUCCUGUCCGUCAGAACCUGCGCUCAGCCAUUAGCCACUACAUCCUGGAGAAAGGCCUGUGGAGGAACUGCAGCCAGGGUUGUCAGGCGGGCAGGAAUGACACAAGGGAUCCCUGCGUCUGCCAAUGCCAUAAUAACAGAGCUGUAAACCAAGACUGUUGCCCAACCCGUAGGGGCAUGGCGCAGGUCACCAUAACUGUACAACGGGCUUCUGGUCUUUGGGGAGACCAUUUUACAAGCACAGACGGGUAUGUGAAAGUGUUUUUCAACCAUCAGAUGUAUCAGACUCCUGUCAUUUACAACAACAACAACCCGAACUGGGCCAUGACGUUUGACAUGGGCGACAAUGUUUUGACAGCAGGCAACAAAGUGAGAUUUGAAGUGUGGGAUCGGGACAACAACUGGGAUGACGACCUGUUGGGAAAAUGUGAGCAAAUUCUGUCUGCUCGGGUCAAGAAUGAGGUCUGUAGCCUGUACCAUGGUAAUCUGUUCUACAAAUGGGAAGUGAAAUGUGCUCCAAGCUUGGGUGGAGAUUCAUGCACUGACUACAAACCCUCACCUAUGAAUCCGAGUCUGAAGAGUCUGUAUGUGUCCCGUCACGCCCGACCUGUUCCAAAGCCCAUCCUGUUAGAGAUGGGUGUGUUUGUGGACGAAACAAGCUCAGGGAGAAACCAGAGUCUUCGUGCAGAGAGUCAAAAGUUAGAUGAGAUAUAAAUAGCCAUGUUUGGCUUUACCAAUGCCGAUAUUGUUCUCUAUCAAAUCUCUACUGAUCACAAAAGAUGAGAGGUACAUCAGUUUGGGAGGAAGUGACUUUGACAAAGUGGUUAAAAUUUGAAUCAGGAAACAUUCCUGUUACACUUUGUGUGUUCAGUUUCAAAACAGUUUAAUAAAGGUCUUAAUAUACUGUAGACGCUGGCCUGGUGUUUAACAGGAUAGCAAAGCAUAUGUGGUCCCUCAUCUAAAAUUUCCUGCAGUUGUUGAGUUGAACAUUGAUUUUGGAUUUUUUGGUUUUUUUGCAUUAUUUCUUACCAGCUUUUUAUCUUGGUAUUUUAUGUUUCUAUGCAGGCAUUAUAACAUGCAGUACUAGUGUGUUUUAUCCAUUUUAAUCACAUUAUUGCCUUGUUGAUUUUUGAACAGAGUAGUGACGAAUAGACCAGUAAAGCUUAAAAGUACUUUAGACAUGUAACGCCACCAUAUUAUACAUGUUUUAUGCAUUUUAUAGUCUUUUACUCCUCUUGCACUAUUUUUACUCCUCCUUAGUGCUGUUAUAUAUAUAUGUUUUUCAAUAUAUGCACUUAUCAGUUUAGCUGUUGACUGGUUUCUUGUUAUUUUGCAAUCAUAUGUGCUUUUCUCUGUUCAUUUCAAAUAUGUUAAUCUCUCCAUCUGGGUUUUAACUUUUUAUUAUUCUUAAAUAAAAAAAAAAAUCAUAUACU